ACAACAGUUGUGCGAGCGCUCACUGCCAUUGGAGUAUCCUAUUUAUUGGUACAAAAUUAAACAGCUACAGAAGUCUAUUAUGAUAAGAAUAUAUGAAAAUCAUUCUGUUAAUAAAUUAUUUCUUUAUAUGGUGUAAUCGGAAACUGAACGCACAAUGACCAAUGACGAUGUAGAUAUUUAUGCAAAUUACUGACAUUUUUUCUAACCUGACAUCGAAGAAACACGUGGAUAAAUCAACUUUACGAUUAAUGUAUUAUGAUGAUGAAAUCAAAGAAAAAUAAUCAAAUUUUAGAAAUGGAUCUUCCACUUGUAAGCGAUUACUUGGAGACAUAUUCUGGCAGAGACAAAAUGCUAAGAACUCUCUCUUAUGUGGCAAAAUUGCUUACUGCAUGCACUUCAUCCGAAAGUACUGAGAAAAAGCUCAAGACCUUUGGAAGUAAAAUGAGUGAAUGUAGAGUAAUGUUACGUUUAUUAGAUGAUCUUCCGACGCUUAACUAUGUUAUGACAUAUGGAUGGGGAAAGAAGGAACCUGACUGGUUGAUUAGAUGGAGCCAAGUGAUACAAAAUAUGAUAGACGUCAUCUAUUCUCCAGUAGAGCAUAUUUGUUGGGCUGGGCAGCAUAAUAUAGUAUCAAUUAAUAAUAAUAAAUGGGACGUUGCUACAACUUGGUUUUGGAUAUUUUCUUUACAUCUAUCCUUGCUGAGAUCAUUGAGAUUACUCCAAAAGCUUCAAAAACACAAAAUGAGACUAAAACAAAGUCAUCCUAAUGCACAAAUUACAUUGCAAGAGAUCAACAAGCGACAGCAAAGUGCAUUAUUGGCGUGCACACGCUUUACGCUGGACAUUUCUUAUGCAAUCAGUUACUUGCCACCGGGCACACUUUGGGGAGGCUGUUUAAAAACAUGGCAUGUUGGAGCACUUGGAACAAUAUCAUCGUUAAUUGGACUUUAUCAAGCUUUAAGCAAGUGAGUCAAAAAUUAAAAACGUCAAAUAACGGAUAUAAUUCAUUAUCUUAUAAUAAAUGAAAAGGUUUUAUGGUUAUAUAAAAAGUGGAUGGGUAUAUUGUACAUAUUGUGUAUUAAUAAAAUCAAGCUUUAAGCAAGUGAAUCAAAAAUUAAAAACGUCUAAUAACGAAUAUAAUUCAUUAUAAUAAAUGAAAAGGUUUUAUGGUUAUAUGAAAAGUGGAUGGGUAUAUUGUACAUAUUGUGUAUUAAUAAAAUUGAAUUACAUAAAAACUGGCAUAUUAUAUGAUAAUAUCUAGGAUUAAGUGAGCAAUGAGUAGAAUCUCAAUUAGAUGUAAGUAGUUUAUAUUUUGAAGCUUCUCGUUAAUUUAUUAACGAUUUCAAAUUUUUAAUUAUCAGAUUACACAGAUGGUAGAGUGUCGUAAAACUUUUUAUACGUUGUGUGUCAACAAGUAUUAUCAUAUUGUUACGAAUGAAUUCUUAAACGUUAACAAUAAAAGCUAAAAGAUAGGGGAGGCACUUCUCGUCUGAACAUAAAAUUAUGUAUUUUGAAUUCACAGUAAUCUAUUAUUAUAACGUGGUUUACAAUACAUUAAAGCCAGGUUAUAUCGAUUGCUAUUACUCGAUUUUAGUUUAUUUAAAAGAAAUACUUAUUAUAUUUAAAAUAUAAGUAUUUAUUUAAAUAAACUAUAUAUUCAAUUCUCAUCAGUCGACGGUGCACUUUGACCCAAUUUCUUUAAAAGCUUAAAAUUAUGCGCACUGAUAACAGUCUUCUCUUUUAAUAAUAAUACUUUUAAUAGUUAUCUCACGUUAAGAUAGAAUCGUCAGAAUAAUUCUAAGAAAUUAUUAUAAUACUAGAAUAUUUUUUACAUAAUUGUUGCAAUAUCGAAGGAGGAAGAACAGUGAUAGCUAUCUAUUUAUAAAUAUGUUAUAAAAUCAUUAAGAAAUAUAACGGCUAUCAAUUAUAUUGUUAAAAACAUAGUAAUACUUAACCCAGUCUCAUGAUUAUCCUAUAAGGCCCAGGAUUUUUUAACGUGGCUAAUAAUUGAUAGCACGUCUGCACUUGUAUAAGUUUUGGAAAUUUUAUAUUCGAUUAAAUAAUUGAUUCCAGUAGAAUCCAAGCAAAUGCAUGUGCGUCGCACUUACAUGUCUCUCGACACUUCCAAUUUUUCUAGCAGAAUCAAUCAGUUAAUUAGCAAGUAUGAAACUUGAAAAACUUAUAUUGGCAUAGAUGACACGGAUAAUUGUGACUUACACAAAGAUUCGGAUUUAUAUAGCUUAAAAAAUAAUUUAGAUUUGAAGAAAUCUAUGAGGAUUACGAGUAAAAGGCACGACUUAUUGAAAUCUUUUUAAAGAAUACGCUAUGAAUGAAGAAGUCGUUAAAAUUUGUCUCCGAUAAAAUGUUUUCCAUUGAAAGUGAAAAUACUGCUGUUGCAUAGAGCGAUUUACGGAUUAAAUAUCAUUGAAAUAUAUUCGAAGCGCUUCGAUCGAGUAUGUAUAAACUUUUAUCGAUGUAUAUAUAUUUUAAAGCACUUUUUCUUAAUAAUUGCUUAUAUAUGUAGCAACCACGUUAUCGUCAUCUGUUGAUCAUAUACAUAUAAUAUAUUUAACGGGAUAUAUAAUAUAUUGUAUCGUAUUGUUCAAAUAUAUUUCUUCGAGAAUAUUAGUUUUACAUCUAACUGCUGCAUGCAAAUUCAUUGUUAUCACUUGGGUGGAUAAGUCUUGGACUUUUAGCAAUGCAUUUUCGUAUAAUACAUUUUUGCUGCAGAUAAACUGAAUGUUUCGAGUUUUUCUUAACUUAGUUCAUUGUUAAAAUAAACGUAUAUACGUACGUAAAAUUAAAAUUGAAAUAUAAAGUAGGUCAACACUGUUCUAACAUUUUUAAGGCAAAAGUAAAGAAAUCAAUGAACAAAAAUUGAAAAGAGGUAAAAGAUUGCUUCAACUUUUUUGACAGUACAUUUUUUGUUUGAUGUUAAAAGGAUUAAAACAAAAAUAUAAUGCAUAGCAAAAAUAUUUUUUUAUUCAUGUUGGUUUCUUUCUAAAUCAAUCAUGGUUCAAUUUUAAUUAUUAUAAUAAAUAGAAUCAUACUUUGGUGUAAAUGAUACAGAUGCGAAAAUCCAUUUUUUGUUAUAAUUCAAGAACAUUCAAUAUUAUCUAAACAACAUUCAUCAUCGAUAAGAUUGAUAAGUUGAAAGUAAAAUGGAAUGAAAAAAUAAAAACAGGCGUAAGAUAUCUGCAAAAAUAUGGUUUUUAAUUCAACAAAAUUGUAUCAAAACGGGAGAAACGCGAGUAAAGGAUGAAUCUUAUUCAAAGAAGUGGUGCAACACAAUUAUACAAUAAUAAGAAAAAAAAAGAAAAAAAAUAAAAACGAAUCAAUUCCCUACAAUCCGCGCCAGAAUCGUAGACCAUGUACUUCUCCAUUUCGUCAACCGUUAAACAGUCCAUGUGAGCGAAAUACAUGUGACAGCCGCUCGCUUCGGCUAUUAAUAGAAAAAUCCAACCGAUUGCGGCCAAUAACGUGAUGCUCACGUAGUUACACCGCAAUCGAAUGUUCAGAUACAUUGUAAUCUAACGUAAAAAUUAACAAUGUUUAACGUCAUUGACAAGUAUCGUAAUGGAAGAACGACCAGCGAGUUAUACAAUACAUCCAGAAAGUCUCCCGUUAUAUCACAUUAGUAUCGGAUAUAUAUAUCACGCGCGCACAAUGUAAUAAUGACAAAUAAUUAUCGCAUAAUUACUUUCGCCACUCUAGAAUGAUCUUUCUAGCAUCGUAACAAUUCAUAAUGAAAUACUUUAAUACUUUAAUAAACAUAUGAUGACGCUAUUAUAGAUUUCCUGAGAAUUCUAACGUGUUUUAUUGAGCCCAGCUCAAAAUUACCAUAACGGAGCCUUAUCGCGUAAAAAAUUAUUGUCACUGUGAAAGCCACAAUUCAACUCUCACGACAUUAACGAAAAAGAUGUGUAUACACAUGUGUCUGUAUGUCCCUGUAUGUGAGUGUAUGUGUGAGUGUGUGUGUAUGUGUCUGUGUGUGUGUGGGUGGGUGGGUGUGUGUGUACACGUGUGGAUACACGUAUACACGCGUGUACAUGUAUACACAUAUUUCUAAUGCACCAUAUCACGGCCGCAAUCUAGAAUCUACUGUUGGCACGAUAGUAUUAUUUCACGGUAAAAAAAAAGUUGAUAAGAGAACCUGUCUCUCUAAGUGAACAUACUAAAUAAAAGUAUACUUUGCUCGAACGUAGUAAAAACUGCGUUCGCAAUUAGGAACUUUUUGAUAAACAUGUUAUUUUUUUUUUUAAUAUUCAUCUUGUCUAUUCGCACGCGCGGUAACGAUAAUGAACCAAUCGUUGCGCGUUCGCAAGCUCAAUCGGCGGUGUGAAUCGGCGUGUCCCCGUAUCGUCGGACUGGCUGCGUCCGCGGCUCCGCGAUAAAAACUAAGUCUGCGCCCUGUUACCCAAUGUUCUAAAUCGGGCGGCGCAACGUCGGUUAGCCGAAAUAGUCAAAAAGGAACAAAAAAAAAAAAAAAAA